CUCAGAGCCAAGGCGUCUGAACCAGGCUGCCUCAGCCUGGAGCUCAUGAAGGACCUGGCUCUGGGCUCCAGAUGACACUGAGACCCACUUAUAUGAACACCGGCCAUGAACCGAAAGAAACUGCAGAAGUUGACAGACACCUUAACUAAAAGUUGCAAACACUUUAAUAAAUUUGAAGUGAACUGUCUUAUAACACUUUUCUAUAACUUGGUGGGAGACGUAGCUGAAAAGCAAGGGGUAGUCAUUGGACUAGAUCGAAAUGCAUUCCGGAACAUCCUGCAUGUGACAUUUGGAAUGACAGAUGACAUGAUUAUGGACAGAGUAUUUCGGGGUUUUGAUAAAGACAAUGAUGGCUGUGUAAAUGUUUCUGAGUGGAUUCAUGGAUUAUCACUGUUUCUUCGAGGAACUUUAGAAGAAAAAAUGAAAUACUGCUUUGAAGUGUUUGAUCUGAAUGGCGAUGGCUUCAUUUCAAAGGAGGAGAUGUUCCACAUGCUGAAAAACAGCCUUCUCAAGCAGCCCUCUGAGGAGGACCCUGAUGAAGGGAUUAAAGAUUUGGUUGAAAUUACACUGAAGAAAAUGGACCAAGACCAUGAUGGGAAGCUGUCCUUUGCAGACUAUGAGAAAUCAGUGAGAGAAGAGACUCUUCUGCUUGAAGCCUUUGGGCCAUGCCUGCCUGAUCCAAAGAGCCAGAUGGAAUUUGAAGCCCAAGUAUUCAAAGACCCACAUGAAUUCCAUGAUAUGUGAAUUCCAAAAUGUACUGUAUUGAGUAAGUCAAAAGGAGCCACAUUAAGUUCAUCUGUCCUUCUCAGCUCAGGAGAUGCUGUAGUGAGAUUCCAUUCAUUUGUACGUACCUUAGUCCAGGCCUUCUUCAGAGAUGCUGGGUUUGGCAGGAGAGGUUGACAUUGCUAAAGCUAUUUUACUACAUGGGCUAUUAAGACACAUACCUGUCAAAAACCUCCAGAUUAAUCAAAGCAAUGAACAAAUUAUAUAGUCAUCCCCUAUGGAUACAAACAGUCUUCAUGUCAGAAAUAGUUUGAGUAUACACGGAAAUAUUGUUGAAACUAUGGAGCUUCCUUCAUAGCAAUAAGUGUUGAAGAUGAUACCCACAGAAUAAGAACAUGGCAGGCACUAGGGGCUAUAGCAUAUGAAGGACAAUGGAGCCUGUUUAUUAUGCUUUCUUCUGUUACAUGAGGCUUUACCUUGCCAGCUCACAGGCAUUGCAGGGCAAAGAUUGUGUCACACAUACCUUUCAUGGCCACCAUGGCAGUUACCCUUUUGCAUAUAAUGUGCCCUCAAUAAAUAUUUGAAAUUGAAUUACAAACAGUAAAGUGCUGUACAAUUACCUCCUGUCCAACAGAGAGAGAGAGACAGAGACAGACAGACAGACAGACCGAGACAGAGAGACAGACAGACAGACCGAGACAGAGAGACAGAGAGACAAAGAGGAAGAGAGAGGAGCCAGAGAGAGGAGCCAGAUCUGCUGUGUCCAUAGGCCCAGCUUUCAAUUAAUCUCUGGAGGCAUAGCAGACCCCCACAUUGCAGUCAGAUCCAAUGACCCUCUCUGCUCUGGCUUCUAGUGUCACACCACUCUAACCUUACUGUAGUCCCUUCGCCACCACCAUAUUCAAUGCCAUCCAUGUUAUGGUUCCAUACUGCCUGAAUUUCCAGUCUACAACCUACUACUGGAAUCAUGUCAUAUUACAUUCUAUGUUGCCUGCCAGCUGUGGCAUCUUAGACUCCUGUGGGUGCUGUGAGAAUAAAUGUGGCACUGAAAUAGCUCCUCUCCCCAGGUUUCUGUAAGCUCCCUAAUGCCCCUUGGUACUCACAGGAGAGUAACUGAGAGGGCCAACAAUGUGUUACCUACUCAUGCAGUAUAAGAGCUCUAGAUAACAUGUCAAAAAUGAAGUUCCCUUUCUUGUUAUAUAUGCAUUAUUGAUUUUGUGCAAAGGUUAUAUGGUAUACAAAGAAUUGACUGUUACUAAUAAGUGCAAAACACAAUUCUGUGAAAUUAACUAUGUUGAUAUAAGGGGCUUUGCAUUAGUGUUCUCUCUAUGACAGUUAUAAAUAAUAAAGCAAACAUUUUUUAUAUUUCUAUUUUCAUCCAUUCAUUCAUUGGGAAAUGACAGCCAAAAUUAUGUGUAAUUAAGGUGUACAUAUGUGUAUUUGUGUAUACGUCUAAACAAUUACUACUAAAAGUUAAGUAACAUACUUGUCAACACAUAUCUGUUUAGCUUGAGUGCAAUCUGCCCUCAUGGUAAGUUUCAGGUGUAUCAACUGUGUUUUCUGUUGAAUAACUGAAACCCAGUACACCUUGACUAACACGCACUCCCUUCCACUUAUUGGUGGUCACAACUCCCCACCACUUUCUGCUGCCAUGAGAUUCUUGACUUUGAAUUCACAUAAAAAUGAGAUUCUAGAGCUGAGUGUUGGUGGUGCAAGUCUUUAAUUCCAGCACUCAGGAGGCAGAGGCAGGUGGAUCUCUGUGAGUUCAAGGCCAGCCUGGUCUACAGAACGAAUACCAGGACAGCCUCCAAAAAAAAAUACAGAGAAACCCUGUCUCAAAAAACCAAAGAAAGAGAGAGAGAGAGAGAGAGAGAGAGAGAUUCUAUAGCACUCAUUUUCUCCUGUGUGAGGCAUUUUGUGCUUUUGUAAUGUCCAACUUAUCUACAGUAUCACAAAUGAUAUAAAUUUUAAAAGCUGAGUAUCAUUCCAUUUCAAAAGUAUAUGAAAUAAAUGGCUGUCGAUCAUGAUAUUACCUUUUUCUAUUUGUCUAAUGACAGGUUGUUUUGUAGCAUGUUUGUUUAUUUGUAUCAUGUCAAUGCUGUGGAAUAAAUGCAGGAUUCCAGUGUG